AUGGUCGAGGAGGAACCGACGACCCCGAGUGACCGCCUGCGCUCCCGGAGCCUCUCUGGCGCACUAGCAUCCUCCAUCCAUCCAUCCGGCAGUGGGCGGGGGCCGGAGGUGGGCGGAUCAGGAGGGUGUAGUGGGCGGGCCCGAAGUGGGCCGGCCCGGGGGGCGGGAUCAGUAGGACCGCCGCUGCAAUCGGAGAAAAGUUGUCCGGACCGGUUCAGGAGCAGCCGCGGGAGCUGGAGCGCUGCCGGGGGCGGCCCCGGGCAUGGGGCAACCGGCGCGGCCCCCGGGCUGGAGAUGGAUGGCGUGACAGCGGCCACGAUGCGCUCCGAGGGCGCGGCCCGGAGGCGGGCGGCGCGGUACGGGGCGCUGAGCCUGGUGCUGGCCAUGCUGCUGGGCCAAGUGACAGAGAGCCGAGGGGCCAUGGAUAAUAUACAGAGGUUCUCGUCAUUGCCGCCAUACCUGCCCGUGAGCUUUCACAUCCUCAGAGCCGAGACUGCCUUCUUCCUAAAGGAGGCCAACCCUGACCCGCUGCGGAAUGCCAGUCUGCAGUCCAGGGUGGAGUCUUUCUUCACCUACAAGGCCCAGCAGCCCCCGAUAUUAAACGCCAGCUAUGGGCCUUACUCUGCAGAAAAGGUCAUGCCUCUGGACUUGAUGUUAAACCCCAACUUUUUAGGGUCAACAACCAUUAAGUUUCCUUUUGACUGGAGGUUGAAGGCCUACAUCCUCCAAGAGAAAGUCUACCUGAGCCGUCCCAAAGUGCAGGUGCUCUUCCACAUCGUGGGCCGAGAUUGGGAUGACCACAGGGGCGAAAAGCUGCCCUGCCUGCGGGUCUUUGCUUUCCGGGAUACCCGGGAGGUUCGAGGCAGCUGCCGGCUGGGUGGGGCCCUGGGGCUGUGCGUGGCCCAGCUGGAGAUGCUGCCCGGCUGGUUCAAUCCCCCAGCAGUGGUGUCUGGACGCAGGAGGCCCGCGGAGCAGCCAGAGGGGAGUCCUGUGGAACUGUAUUAUGCUGUACAGCCCGGGGAUGAGCGAAGCGACUGCACCGGAGGUGACACCAGAAAGGACAAUGCCAUUCGUCCAGGAAAGGAUGGACAGGAGGACAGGAUAUCCCACCUGCAGAAGAUUGGCAAGGUUAACCUUUACCGCACCCAGGAUAGCACCCAACUCAGUGAGCUGCGCCUGGAUGGCAAUGUGGUCAUCUGGCUGCCCUCCCAGCCCGUCAAACAGGGAGACGUAGUCACCGCGUCCGUCACCAUCGCCAAUAACUCUACUGUGGACCAUUUCAUCCUAAGAGCCAAGGUGAAGAAGGGGGUGAACAUUCUGACCGCACAGACCAGCGAGCCUCGGCAGUGGGAUGUGAGGCAAGAGGUGGGCAACGGAGGGAAACACAGCACCACCUCCGUAGCCUGCCAGCGCCUGGGCCCAGCGGCACGCAAUAGAAGCAGCAAUUUAUUCAACGAGGUCAUGCAGAUGAAUUUUGAAAUCGCCAGCUUCAGCAGCCUCUCUGGGACCCAGCCCAUCACAUGGCAGGUGGAGUACCCAAGGAAGGGGACCACAGACAUCGCCGUGUCCGAGAUCUUCAUCAGCCAGAAGGACCUGGUCACCAUCGUCCCCCUUGCUAUGGACACUGAACUCCUGAACACAGCCAUCCUCACAGGGAAGACGGUGGCCAUGCCUGUCAGGGUGGUGUCGGUGGAGGAGAACAACACCCUGAGGGACAUCUCAGAGCUGGUCGAGUGCAAGGCCACGGAUGAGAAUGUCAUCAAGGUCUCAGACCACUGUGACUAUGUCUUUGUCAAUGGUAAGGAGAUCAAGGGCAAGGUGGACUCUGUGGUGAAUUUCACCUACCAGCACCUGAGCGCACCUCUGCAUGUCACCGUGUGGGUACCACGGCUUCCCCUGCAGAUUGAAGUCUCUGACACAGAACUCAGCCAGGUUAAGGGCUGGCGAGUCCCCAUCAUGGCCAGCAAGAGGCCCACUCGGGACAGUGAGGAGGAAGAGGAGGAAGAGCAGAGAGGCCGGGGUUGUACCCUGCAGUUCCAGCAUGCCACAGUGCGUGUCCUCACCCAAUUUGUAUCAGAGGGUGCUGGACCCUGGGGCCAGCUGAGCCACCUUCUCAGUCCAGACUGGCAGUUUGAUAUCACCCACCUGGUGGCUGACUUCAUGAAGCUGGAGUCCCCCCACAUAGCCACCCUGCACGACAGCAGGGUCUUGGUUGGGCGGGAAGUCGGAAUGACCACCAUCCAGGUGUUGUCUCCCCUGUCCGACUCCAUCUUGGCUGAGAAGACAGUAACUGUGCUAGAUGACAAAGUGUCUGUGACAGACUUGGCUAUCCAGGUGGUGGCUGGGCUGUCUGUCACCAUGCACCCCAUCUCAGAGAACAACAAGGCCACCUCAGCUGUAGCCACAGCGGAGGAGCUGCUGCGUGCUCCCAAACAGGAAGCUAUAAUCAGCACAUGGCUCCAGUUCAGUGAUGGCUCAGUGACACCCCUGGACAUCUAUGACACCAAGGACUUCUCCUUGACUGCCAUCUCUUUGGAUGAGGCUGUCGUGUCCAUCCCACAACAACCCCUCUCGCCUUGGUGGCCCACUGUGGUAGCUGAAGGAGAAGGCCAGGGCCCACUGCUCCGGGUCGAUAUGUCCAUCGCUGAGGCCUGUCAGAAAUCCAAGCGCAAGAGUGUAUUGGCUGUUGGCAUUGGCCACGUGGGGGUCAAGUUUGGAUGGGAUGAUGCUGACUCCAGCCAGACUGGAGAAAAGGAUGAGGAGGACAUCAAGAACCAUGCCAGUGAUCGUCGGCAGAAGAUUCAGGAUCUAGAACGCCCAGGCCAGGAUGACCUACACCAUGGCAACUUUCCUGGGGAUCGUGAGGAAGGGGCCCUGCUGAGCGCCACCACCACUACCAAGUCCCUGCUAGAUAACAAUGUGGGGAAGAGUGGCAGGCGGGAUGGGGCCAGGAUACACAGCAUCCCCAUUGACUUUACCAACUUCCCGGCCCAUGUGGACCUUCCCAAGGCCAAGGCCGGAGGCACACUGGAGGAGAAUGGUCUGAUGCAGACAGCCCAUGGUCUGAGUGACCUAGAGAUUGGGAUGUAUGCCCUCCUGGGUGUCUUCUGCUUGGCCAUCCUUGUCUUUCUCAUUAACUGUGCCACCUUUGCCUUCAAGUACAGGCACAAACAGGUGCCUCUGGAAGGCCAGGCAUCCAUGACCCACUCUCAUGACUGGGUGUGGCUGGGCAAUGAGGCAGAGCUCUUGGAGAACAUUGGGGACCUGUCCCCACCCCAGGACGAGCACACGACCAUCAUAGACCGAGGGCUGGGAGGCUGUGAGGAGAACAACCACUUGCUUCUCAACGGUGGCUCCCAAAAGCACAUGCAGAGCCAAGUCCACAGGUCACCGGGUUCCGGGGGACGGCAGACCAGGGAGCCCAGGCAGGAGCCUGCAAACUCGCCCACCUCCAAGAUGAAGAAGGUAAAGUUUGCUACGUUCACCAUCCCGCCCGAGGACAGCUGCCCCACGGUGAACUCCAUCCUCAGUAGGGAAGAUGACAUCAAGUGGGUUUGUCAAGACCUGGAUGUGGGCGCGCCCAAGGAACUGAGAACCUACCUGGAAAAGUUCCAAGACAGUGUGUAGUGCUCUGACCUCCUCACCAACUUGGGACAGGAGCCUCCUUUCCUCCCUCCCUCAGCAGAGUAGCUGGAUGGAAGGAGCUCCCAGUGGACUGAAUGAGGAAAGCUGGGGCCCACAAAAUACCAGGUAGCGGGUUAGAAGCUGGGAAGGGAUGUUUUUAUACUAAAGCAGUUUUUUUAGCAGCUAAGGAUGGUAGGUUUCCAGAAGUUUGAGUCUCUGCCUCUUCAGUGAGGCAGAGUGGAUCCGAAAAGAGAACUGCUCACACAUGAGAGUUAUUUUAUGAAUCAAAAUA